UGCCUUCGAUUCAGAACGCCGCGAAAGGCCGUGAAAAUCAUGGAUAUGGUUGAAGAUGGCUUCGAGCGCUUUAGUCUCUCUUGAAUUAAUCAGUUUUCCAUGGAGUUUCUAGUUUCGAGUUAAAUUAUUUUCAUGAACUCAACAUUCUCUCUCUCAUAAUUCCGCCAUGGAAGCUUCGUUUUCUCUAGCUGCCGCAAAAGGAAUAAAUUUAUCUGCAGAAUUGGUUUCUUUCGUGAAGGAAAAACCUGUACCAAGAGAUCAUAACUUUCUGUCAUUCAAUUCAGCCUAUAAGUAUCGAUCACUGCACUGUGGUCAGACUAAAGGUUUCUGUAGGAAGAAUAAGUGUGUGACUGUUUUUUGCAGCCAAAAGAGAGAAUUUUCUGUUGUAGAGGGCAGGUGUAUAGAUGACAUAUAUGAUGAUUUAGCAAGGCGUCUUCUUCCAACAGCAGCAGCAGCUUCAGAUCCUGAUCUUAAAUAUAUUGUAGGUUUGGCUGGUCCCCCUGGUGCUGGCAAAACCACUAUAGCAUCUGAAGUGGUGCAACGUUUAAAUAAGUUAUGGCCCCAGAAAGCUUCUUCAAUGGAUUCUCAAGUAAAUCCUGCUGAUGUUGCUGCUGUUCUCCCUAUGGAUGGUUUCCAUCUUUAUCGUUCUCAGCUUGAUUCAAUGGAGAAUCCGGAGGAAGCGCAUGCAAGACGAGGAGCUCCUUGGACAUUCAAUCCUCAGCUGCUACUUACAUGCCUCAAGACACUAAGAAGUCAGGGAUCAGUAUAUGCACCAUCGUUUGAUCAUGGCGUCGGUGAUCCAGUUGAGGAUGACAUCUUCGUGGGCCUUCAGCACAAGGUUGUUAUAGUAGAAGGAAAUUAUUUAUUACUCGACGAUGGGGUUUGGAAAGAAAUCUCAUCAAUGUUUGAUGAGAAAUGGUUCGUAGAAAUAGAUAUUGACAAAUCGAUGGGACGAGUUCUCAAAAGACAUAUUUCAACAGGAAAACCUCCUGACGUUGCCAAAUGGCGCAUUGAGAACAAUGACCGACCCAAUGCCGAGCUCAUAAUGAAGUCCAAGAAGAACGCAGAUUUAUUAAUUAGGUCAGUCGAUUUCUGAAUGUAGAAUUUAACUUUCCUUUACUGUUGGAGAACUUACAUCUCCUGCAUACCUUAGAAUUGAAUUUUCCUUUCAUCUGCUCUGUCAUGUCUUAAGACCUUUCCAAGCUCUGGAGGUCAUUGAUAAGGAAUCAAAAUAAAUUGGAAGCCCUGAAAAUCAGAGGUUAUGUUUAAGAAAUAUUAGAGAACUUUUGAUUUUGAUCA